AUGCCUACGGCCGAGCCCACACCUGCCGAAACGCCAUCCACGUCGCCGACAGUGACGACGCCAUCAUCGCCGACUCCCACAAUCACGUUCCUGAUCGACCACAAUGUCAACUCCCCGCUGGACAAUGGCGAGAAGGGAAAGGGCAAAGAUGAUUCCACUGCGGCGGUAGAAGUUCGCCCUGACGACGUGGAGGCACAGCAAGAGGACGAGAACCAGGGCUAUUCUCUGCCACCCGUCGACACAGGCAAAGAUGCAUGGCUUUUUCUGGCAGCCUGCUUCGUGAUGGAGGCCAUGGUAUGGGGUUUUCCUUUCGCAUUUGGCAUCUUCCAGGAGUAUUACCGCACCCACGAACCCUUUGCCGGUUCAUCCAAGACUGCCAUUAUAGGAACUUGCGCCAUGGGCAUCAUGUACCUCGACGCUCCCUUGGUCAUUGCUCUCGCGCGCAUCUAUCCCAAGCAGGGCCGCUGGAACCCGACCGCCGGCCUGCUCAUGAUGUGCGUGGCUCUCGCGCUUUCGUCCUUUUCACAAAACACGACGCAUCUCAUCCUCACACAGGGCGCCCUGUACGGCAUUGGCGGCUCCAUCGCCUACAACCCGUGCCUCAUGUAUGUCGACGAGUGGUUUGACCGCCGCAAAGGACUUGCUUACGGUCUGAUGUGGUCAGGGACCGGGCUUGGGGGCUUCACCAUCCCGCUGGUGCUCGAGGCGCUGCUCAGCCGAUAUGGCUUCCGAACCACGCUGCGCAUAUGGUCGGUGGCCCUCUUCGCCCUGACGAUGCCGCUCAUCUACUUCGUCAAGCCUCGCCUGCCGCCGGCCAUGACGGCUCACAUCAAACCACUCGACUGGAGCUUCAUGAAGAACCGCGUCUUUGCCCUCUACCAGCUGGGCAACUUUGUCGAGGGCUUGGGCUUCUUCCUCCCGGGCAUCUUCCUGCCCACGUAUGCGCGGGAUGUGCUUGGCGCCAGCACUUUCGCCUCGGCGGCAACACUGCUGGUGCUCAAUGUCGGAUCAGUCGUGGGCCCCAUCACAAUGGGCACCUUGGUCGACAGGCUGCACGUAACGACAUGCAUCUUGAUAUCCACCUUGGGCGCUGUUUUCGGCGUCUUCCUGCUAUGGGGUCUUGGGUCAAACAUUGGCAUCUUGUACGUCUUCAGCCUCGUCUACGGCGUCUUUGCUGGGUCUUUCACCACUUCAUGGCCAGGCAUCAUGAGACAUGUCAUCAAGAUUGCUACCGUUGCAGAUGCAGAGUCGAUCAGCACCGAUGGUCGCCAUGGCAGUGUCAACACCAGCAGGUAUGAUCCUCUCAUGGUGAUUGCGUUUCUUUCCAUCGGUAGAGGCGUUGGGAAUAUUGCGUCAGGCCCGCUAAGCGAGGCUCUAGUUAAAGGGAUGCCGUGGCAGGGCCAGGCUAUCGGAGGGUAUGGCAGCGGAUAUGGGAUUUUGAUUAUAGUCACGGGCGUGACGGCGUUACUGGGAUGCGUAUUCUUCAUUUUCACGAUGGAAGGUGCGUCUUACGCGAACGUGUAA